AUGGCACAGGGCUUAAACUUGGCAAGUCUCCCCCACUUCACUGCAAUAUUUAUGAUCCCAAGACAGGACAAUUCAUAUGCUUCCUCCCGCCAGGAGUCACAAAGGCCGCCUCUGUCCAACAAGGUCCUCGCAUUUCUCCAUUACCCAGCUGCCACAAUCCGAGCAUGCGGACCAGACGGGCGAAGUGCAAGAUGGGCCGUGCUCGGAUCCAACAUCAGGUUGGUUUGA